AUGGAUUCUGAUGCUGGCUCCAACUGCAGUCGCUCCUCGUCUCCUGACCUGGUGGUGGAUGACUCUGUCAGAGGCUUUUUCUCCAACAAGAUGUUCCAGACAUACUGCCAAGAACAGAGGGCAGACAGGGAGGCAGCCCAGGGCACCACUGAGCUCUGCGUAGGGGUCGGGAAGACCAAGAACAGGUCUGACCUCACCAAGGAUGAGAUGCAGGACCUGAGACUGAAAGUUAACAGCCGGGAGAGGAAGAGGAUGCAUGAUUUGAACCAGGCUAUGGAUGGCCUGAGAGAGGUCAUGCCCUAUGCCCAGGGACCCUCCGUCCGUAAGCUGUCAAAAAUCUCCACCCUGCUGCUGGCCCGAAACUACAUUCUCAUGCUGUCCAGCUCUCUGGAGGAAAUGAAGAAAUUGGUGGGGGAUGUAUAUGGAGGCAGUGCCGCCGCACAGAGCCGUUCAACCGCCCAUCCCCGGAUCAGCCCGCCGGCCCCACCUGCCCACCUCCCACUGCAUCCUCUGGCCCACUCUCUGGUGGGUGGCACGGCUUCCACAAUCCAGCACCAUUCAACUUCCCCGGCUCCGGCCCCACACUCGCCCCCGUCGGCCGGCUUCCUGGGUUUUCAUGCUCCGGUGCAAGGCCUUCUGAAGGACCCCAUCCACCUGACCAGUGCCUACAGGCAUUUUCCGGGCAUGCCUUGCCCCUGUUCACUCUGCCAGCCUUUGCCCACUCCUACUUCAACACUGCACAGCCUUUCCAUGAACAAGUAG